CUCAGAUCAGAACUGCUGCUGCCGCCUGAGAGCUUCAGUCCCGAACCAGAUCCAGAUCCAGAUCCAGAACCAGAACCAGAGCAACAUGCUGCGUGUGCGGUGUCUGAGAGGAGGGAGCCGCGGAGCAGAAGCUGCUCAUCUGAUCGGCGCUAUGGUGAGUCGCGUGGUUACGGGAUGGGUGUCGCGCGCGUUCCGCAGCACCUCGAGUUCCACCGCCGCGCUCCCACUCACCGCGGACGAGCCGGUAAACGAGCACACGGCUGAGGACUGCCCCGUGUGUGCACACAACGAGUGGGACCCGCUCGAGGAGGUGAUCGUCGGGAGAGCCGAGAACGCCUGCGUCCCCCCGUUCACUGUGGAGAUCAAGGCCAACACCUAUGAGAAAUACUGGCCCUUCUACCAGCAGCACGGGGGACACACAUUCCCGAAGGACCAUGUGAAGAAAGCAGUCUCUGAAAUCGAGGAAAUGUGCAAUAUACUCCAGCAUGAGGGAGUCACAGUGAGACGACCGGAACCCAUCGACUGGUCAGUGGAGUAUAAAACCCCGGACUUCACCUCCACCGGCAUGUAUGCAGCGAUGCCGAGAGAUAUCCUGAUCGUGGUGGGAAACGAGAUCAUCGAGGCCCCGAUGGCCUGGAGAGCCCGGUUCUUCGAGUACCGUGCGUAUCGGCCCCUCAUCAAGGAGUACUUCAGACGAGGAGCCAAGUGGACCACUGCACCCAAACCCACCAUGAGUGACCAGCUGUACGAUCAGGAGUACCCCAUGCGCACUGUGGAGGACAGACAUAAGCUGGCUGCUCAGGGGAAGUUUGUCACCACUGAGUUCGAGCCGUGUUUCGACGCUGCAGACUUCAUCAGAGCUGGCACUGAUAUCUUUGUACAGAGGAGUCAGGUUACAAACUACAUGGGCAUCGAGUGGAUGAGACGUCACCUCGCCCCAACCUACAAGAUCCACAUACUCUCCUUCAAAGACCCAAACCCCAUGCACAUCGACGCCACCUUUAACAUCAUCGGCCCAGGGCUGGUGCUGUCCAACCCGGAUCGGCCCUGCAGGCAGAUCGAGAUGUUCAAGAAGGCCGGGUGGACUGUGGUGACUCCUCCAACUCCUCUUAUUCCAGACAAUCAUCCGCUGUGGAUGUCGUCUAAAUGGCUCUCGAUGAACGUGCUGAUGCUGGAUGAGAAGCGCGUGCUGGUGGAUACUAACGAGACGAGCACCCAGAAGAUGUUUGAAAGUCUCGGAAUCAAGAGCAUUAAAGUCAGCAUCCGGCACGCUAACUCUCUGGGAGGAGGCUUUCACUGCUGGACGACGGACGUGCGCCGGCGCGGGACGCUCCAGUCCUACUUCCUCUAGUCUACCAGAGACACGCAGUUCUUAUUGAGCUCAGAUCUCACCAUGGUCAUACACCACAGACGAAUGGGAUGAAUAGAAAACAGUGAUCUCAAUAACAACUGCAUUUCUGGCCGGCUGUUGUAGUCUGACUCCAGUGAAGAAGGCAGAGCCCCCCCCCCACGCCACCACCACCA